AUGGCCGACGCUUUAGUUUCUGUUGCUGCCGAGGCGAUCCUGAAAAAGGUAGCAUCCAUAGCUGCCAACGAAAUCGCCCUUGCUUGGGGUUACAAAGAGAAAUUGUACACACUUGAAGGGACCUUGAAGAUGAUACGUGCCAAGUUACAGGAUGCCGAGAAUCAGAAAGGUCAAAAACAUAGUGUGAUGGAGUGGCUGAAACAGCUAAAAGAUGUGGUUGGUGAAGCUGAUGAUGUGUUGGAUGAGUUUCACUACGAAAUGCUUAGGCGUGAGGUAAAGAAGCGAGAUCGGGUGGGAACAAAGGAUGCUAAUGAGUUGGGACUACAAAAUGAACAGCCUGGCCCUGUUGUUCAUUAUCGUCCAUACCCGGAGACAAUUCCAAAUUUAGGCGAAAUCAAAAUUUUUGGGAGGGAGGAGGAUGAAAAGCGCAUCAUACACCUUUUAACCGAGUCAAGAAAAGAAGAAAAACUUACGAUUGUUCCUAUUGUGGGAAUGGGCGGGAUAGGGAAGACCACUUUGGCUAAGUCCGUCUUCAAUAAUCCAAAAAUCCAGCAACAUUUUGAUGUGAAAGCUUGGUUGUGUGUGUCUGUUAAGGUUGACAUCAACACACUUCUGGCAAAGAUCUAUGAAUCUGUUGUAGGAGAGAAACCUAAGUCGGAAACAAUGGCCAAUUUAGUUCGAGAUCUUGAAAAGUUGUUGGAAGCAAAAAGAUAUUUACUAGUCCUUGAUGACGUUUGGGAUGAAGAGAGAUUAUAUUGGGAAGAUUUUAGGAGUGUUAUGAUAAAUGUGAAGUCCCAAAUUGGAAGUAGCAUUCUUGUCACUACCAGGAAACUUGACAUCGGAACAAAGGCUAUGGCGAUGGAUUCAUGUCCUUUAAAAGGUCUUUCUAAUAAUCAUUGUUGGUACAUCUUUAAAGAGAGAGCCUUUCUAGAAGGACAAUCACCACAAUCUGAAUUGGAGGAGAUAGGGCGUGAUAUUGUCAAAAAGUGUGGUGGUUUGCCUUUGCUAUUAAAUGUAAUAGGAGGAAUGUUGCAAAAUUACAGUGACCCUGAGAAAUGGUUGGCCAUCAAAAAUAGCAAAGUUUGGGAUCUAGAAGAUGAAAGGGAGAGAGUUCAAAAAAGUUUGGAACUGAGCUUUGAUAAUCUUCCCAAUUCUAUGGCCAAGCAAUGCUUCACAUAUUGUUCCAUCUUUGAGAAAGACACACUCGUGGAAAGGGAAGAACUGGUUCAACUUUGGAUGGCUUUAGGAUUGGUUCAAGCGGAUGAAGAAAGAAACAAGGAGAUGGAGGAUGUGGGGAAUGAUAUUAUUCAAAUUUUGGUCAGCAAUUCGUUGUUCCAAGAUGUUAAAAAGGAUGAGUAUGGUCACAUCAUCAAUUAUUGUAGCAUGCAUGAUCUGGUGCAUGAUCUUUCAUUAUCACUUUCGAAACAUGAAAGCUUAUUUGUGGUGGAUGCGACAAAUGAUGACAUUGCAUGUAUCCCUCAGGUUAAACAUCUUGCUUUUUACGAAGAAGAGAACGAGGAUGAUGAAUUCAAUGCCAAGGUUUCUAUGUUCAUUGAAAGGAAUACAAUGGCUAGAAGUUUGCAUACAUUGUUCGUCAACGGUGAAGUUGAGAAGAAGUUUUCAUUUCAACGAUUAAAGUGCAUACGCAUCCUAAAACUCAACGGAUAUGGUAUUAAGAAGUUAGACGAUUCAAUUGGAGGGUUGGUGCAUCUCAGGUAUCUUAAAUUGUCAUCUACGCCUAUCCGUGUUCUUCCUGAAUCGAUUGGUAAAUUAUACCACUUGCAAACUCUGAAGUUGCAAAAUUGCUAUCAUCUUAACAAGUUUCCAGAAUCCAUGAGAAAUUUGAUAAGCCUAAGAUUUUGUAAAUCUGAACAAAGCAUUCCCAACAAUAUCGUGGGACAAUUGACUUCUCUUCGAACAUUAAUGCCUAAUUUCUUGGGCAUGCUUAGAAAUGAUGGACACGGUAUUAAAGAGCUAAGCCGUUUAAAACACCUCAGUGGAAAGCUCUGUAUUUCCAAUCUAGAAAAUAUUAGUAGCAAACAGGAUGCAGUCAUGGCAGAUUUAUCUGGAAAAAAAAAUUUGAACGAGAUUGAAUUUAAUUGGAGUACAAAUUUUGGAGUUGACCACAGAAACGACAAGGAAGUAUUGGGAGGCUUGCAACCCCCUGGAGGUGUGAAAAUAUUGAGAAUUAGAAGAUUUUCUGGUGAUAAUUUUCCGGAAUGGGUAAUGAAGAUGGCAAUCAAUAUCCAUGGGAAAGAGACUCCCCUUGACAAGCUGGUGGAGAUCACAUUAUCUGGAUGUUGGAGCUGCCUCUCUCUUCCAACGUUUGAGCACCUACCACAUCUUCGGGAUCUUAAGUUGGAGAAAAUGGACAGCUUGACAUGUUUAAGGAGUUCCAAUGUUACUGGAUCAACGAAGCCUUUGUCUCCAUCUUUGCGAUCGCUCCGACUAUAUAAUAUGAAAAGAUUGGAAAAGUGGAUAGAUGGAGCACCCAACAGCUCAAAAAUGAUAUCGCCUGUCCUCCGGGGCUUGGUCAUUCGUCAUUGCCCAAAGAUUAUUCUCUUAGAUGAAUGUCAUCCCCAUCCUCUUGUUUCCUUAGAGAUAUUGGGCUGCAAUGGUCUGGUGUCCAUUAAGAGCAUACAAGGCCUCACAUCUCUUGAAUCUUUAGAAAUUUCCUAUUGCCAGAGUCUUUUAGAAAUAUCCAAUUUGCCCAAACAGUGUCAUUCUUUGAAGACUUUGCAAAUUACCGAUUGCUACAAACUGACUUCCCUACCUCAUGAAAUGUUUGACUGUUUUGCCUUCUUAAAUGAUUUGACACUUGGUCCGUUCUCGAAGGAGGUCGAUUCUUUCCCGAGUCUCCAAGGCAUCCAGAAGUUAAGGAACCACCUUCACUCUAUACGAUUAAUAGGCUGGGAUCAUUGGGACUCAAUGCCAAAAGAAAUACAACACCUCACUUCACUCACUUCACUGACUGUGUUGACCAUAAGUGGAUUUGGAAUGCGAGAACUGCCCAUGUGGUCAUCUAUCCGACAUUUGAGGUUGCAAAGGGCUAAAUAAAGAAACAAUUAGACGGGGAGGAUCGCGGGAAGCAACUCAUGUCACACUAAAUUAUGGAGAAUGUUAAUUAAUUAGUUAUUUGAUGUGUUGGU